AACACUGAAUACGCUGCAUGUGGAACUUCGUCUCUUCUCCCCUCCUGUUUAGACAGGUGCACUGGCAAAUCAUGCUUCCCAUGUGUGGGUGAAGAGAGGUGAAGCUGGGAGUGCAACGCUGUUGACACCUCCGCAGACUCAGGCGUAGAGCAGAGGGAGAGGAAGAGGCAUGCAGAGGGAAUGAGUACAAAGAGGACGACAGAGGGAGCGACAGCGAGAGAGGGAAGAGUGAAAGAGAGACACAAGAUAUAUUUGAGCAUGUGGCGUGUUAUUUUGUACUUUAAAGCAGCAGGAGCUGUGAGCUCAGGCAACGACGUAAGAGACAUUUCCAAAGACAAAAUGGAAACCGCUUUGAUUCAGCUGCCGCAAGGGUUUCAUUAACUUGGAUUAGAAAAAUACUUGAAGUAGCCGAGGUGAUGCCGAGUGGAGAAAUGACGACGCCUCUUCACUGUCAAUAAUCAAGAAGCCAAGUCAAGAUUUGUCUAAGAUGGCUCUCAGCCCCAUCAUCAUCUGCCUCCUGUCACUGAUUGGUUAUGGCGCAUCCCACCCCUCUCCUCCUCCACCUCGGGGAUGCAGUGUGGAUGUGGAACCUCCGUACCGAGUGCUGUGUGACCUGGAGUCAGUCUGGGGUGUGGUCCUGGAAGCCGUGGCCUGCAGCGGUGGUCUCGCCUCCCUGGUCCUUGCUGUGGUCCUGUUAGUCAAGCUGCGCUCUGUCUCUGACCCUGCCAGGCGCUCCAGCCUGGGGCCUCUUCUGCUGCUGCUGGGCACGCUCCUGGGGCUCUUCACCAUCUCGCUGGCCUUCCUGGUGGGGAAGAACCAGGCGCUCUGUGUGGUCCGCAGGGCCUUCUGGGGGCCCCUCUUUGCCCUCUGCUUCUCCAGCUUGCUAGUACAAGGUGUGAGGCUCAGGAGGCUGGUGGGGGGCCGGUCGAGCCCCUCGGGCAGCUCGCUGGCGGCGCUGGGUCUGGCCUUGGCCUUGGUUCAGGGUAUCAUCUCCGCUGAGUGGGUCCUGCUCACCGUGGUCAGGGAGGGUCACCCAGCCUGUGAAUACCCACCGCUGGACUUUGCGCUGACAUGCAGCUACACUCUGGGGCUUCUCCUCAUAGCCAUGGGGCUUUCCCUAGGGGUGGUGCUGUGUGGCGGAGAAUUUGGGGCUGAGGGAGGAGGAGGAGGAGGCGGUGACGAAGAUAGAGAAGGAGACAGUGAAAAACGAAAAUGGAAGUGUAACGCUGUGUGGCUCUUCCUCUCCAGCCUGGCAUCGGCGUUGCUGUGGGUCGCGUGGUUGGGUUUCUACCUGUACGGCAGCCAGGGCUUGAGGGGAAGGGGGAAGGGGGAGCGGCUGGGGGGAAAGAAGGAUAUAAAGGUGCUGGACGAGCCGGCGCUGGCGGUGGCCCUGGUCAUUCAAGGUUGGAUCCUCCUGCUGUUCCACGCCAUUCCAGAGGUCUACCUGUGUCUGCGGAAGGUUCCACAGUCCAACACGCAGGAUUUUUUCGACACGAGCCACACGUCCCCUCCUCCACACUUUGGAGAUGAGCUCCCUUCGCACUCCCACCGACCCUUUCCAGAAAACCAGAGCUUCUCCAUGGAGGAGCACAGUGCAAGUCUCCGGAGUGGAACAUACCACAGCAGCCACGGGAGCAUGCGUCCUGGCAUCGCCUUCAGGGGCCACGUGUACCAACCCACCGAGAUGGCUCUGGUCAUGAACGGUGGCACAAUGCCCACAGCUCCCGUUAACUACACUGGACGUCGGUUAUGGUAGUGAUGGACAGGACGUGAAGGCACCAGGCUCACACUGGAGUGACAGUAGACAGUCCUGUGUUCUAAUAAUAGUAAGAAGCAAAAGGAAACGACAUCACAUAUCAAACUAGGUGGAUUUUAUGGAAGCUAAAGAUAUUUAAUGUGUCUCAUGUAUGAAUUUUACAUUUUAAGAGUGUUUUUAAUGACAUUUUUUUAUUGAUUCUUAAUUAGCGAACUGGACAUGAAACGACUAGAGAGAGAACAAAUCAGCUGUACAGUCUUAAAUAUAGAGUUUAACUACACAGACAAGGCGUCUUUUUCUGCUGUGGUCCUGCAGAGGAGUAAGGAUUAAAUGAUGACUUGAAUGUAGAGACAUUUUGGCGGAACAGCUUUAGAUGAAUGGUGAAUCUCUCUGAUGCGUGUUUUGCUUCAUAAAUCUACUCAUUCCUUCUCUUAAGCUACAACUUGGAAACAAACCCUUUGGAUGUUUGUGUAAAUGACAUGCAUACGCCCACAUAGCUUGCUUGACCUCCUGUAUUUCGUGCUGGAAAGACCCAAAGGACUCGCCUAGUGUUUUUCUCUCCUCGUUCUUCAUUCCUACGUCAGUGCUAAAUAACAGUUUAGCACGUUUAUUGACAAAUGCUUUGUAUUUAAUAGAGCUUUUGCCUGUUUAAAGAGGAUUAUCAGAUGAUUUACGGGGCGGAUAAUGAGUCUACCACUCAUGGACAACUAGUUUUAAUACAGAUAUCUUUCAAAGCCAUUUAUUACUGCAAUACCUAAUGGUGCAGUACAGGGUUUACUCUUAGAGAUUGUGAUUUUGCACUUUACCAGCGCUGGUUGUGUCUGGGCAUUGUGACGUUUGACAUGGAUAUUCAUAUAAGAUGCAUGUAAGAGCACAGUUUGAAGACAAUGUAUUAUUUUGAGUGUUUUCUAUAUAGAGUUUUGAUAUACAGACCAUUUUAGGAUUCUUAAUUUUAGACUGCAAAACAGUCUCAGAUGCUCAAAAAUAACACGCCUACAGCUAUGACUGAAAGCUUCAUUUGGCUUCUUCAGCAACACCUGUAUUCUGGCAUUUAGUGUCCCUUUAAACCUCAUGAGUCUGACUACAGAGAAAACAUUAUUUCAUCCAUCACUGUGAAGCCAACUGGAAACAUUACAUGUGUAGCCUACUGUUUUUGUGAAACCAACCACAAAUAUUUGCUUGACUGACUUCUAUUUGGCAGCGUCUGUUCAGAGGCACUGACAGGUGACAUGUGAGUUACAGAAAAGUAACUGUUUCUGCUGACUUAAUUGAACAUUUCUAUCUUCUGAGCUGAGUACGAGCUGAAUUCAAUCCAGGACAACAGUAAACAUGUUCAUAUUGUGACCAUUUCUUCUUGGUGUCAGACUUAUCACUAAGUUGUUGACAACUUUACUGUUGUGUACAGGUGUUUACUCUGAUAAUGUGCAAUGAAAUAAUAUAACUGAAUUUGCUGUAAUUACUCUAUAUAAGUGAGUUUUGAUCGUGUAAAAUAUACAAAUUUUAGAGAUGCCUGGUGUCACUGUUUUAUGACAGCGUAACAUGAAUGUCUGUAAUGUGAUUUGCACAAAGUGGCUAAUACAACAAUGCACAUUUUCAGUUUA